GCUUUCAUUCAGUGGGAUUGUUGAGCUCGGAGCUCCACGGAUUACCCCAUAGGGAUCAACGUUCGUUCUCUCUCUCUCUCUCUCUCUCUCUCUCUCUCUCUCUCUCACACACACACACCAUUUCAGCGGUUCUUCAAAGAAGUGGAUGCGAGUCAGCAGAGCACCAGACAAGCCUCUGAUUUCUCCCAGGUUGACAACAAAGUGCCAACAGCAUGCCUAAGCAAGUGGAGGUACGAAUGCAUGAGAGCCAUCUGGAGCCCAUCGAGGCCACACCACGCACCAAAUGUGCCCUCAUCUGCCAGAAGAUGCGCAAGAAUCUGCUCCUCACACUCACUGUAAUGGGUGUGAUAUUGGGAGCUGUAUUUGGUAUGCUUCUGCGUGUGGCCUCUCCCAUCGAUGACAACGUUGUCAUGGUAAUUGCAUUCCCAGGAGACAUUCUAAUGAGGAUGCUAAAAAUGCUUAUCCUUCCUCUCAUCAUUUCCAGUUUAAUCACAGGUCUUGCAGGUCUGGAUGCCAAGUCUAGUGGCCGUCUGGGUACCAGAGCAAUGGUUUAUUAUAUGUCCACCACUGUAAUUGCUGCUGUGUUAGGAGUAAUACUGGUGUUGAUCAUCCAUCCUGGCAACCCCAAACUAAAGGAAAACCUUGGGGAGGGACUCAAGAACGAUGACGUUUCUAGUCUUGAUGCUUUCUUUGAUCUCAUUAGAAACCUCUUUCCUGAGAACUUGGUGCAAGCUUGCUUCCAGCAGAUCCAGACUGUUGUGAAGAAGGUUGAGAUUGAGCCAGAAUAUAAUGGCACCAACAGUACCAUGGAGAACAUCCUUUCGGGUGCCACUAAGCCUCCUCCCGUAUUCAAGGAAAAGAAGUCCCUGCAGUUUAAAAGUGGAAUGAAUGUUUUGGGUUUGAUUGGAUUCUUUAUUGCUUUUGGUAUCUGCAUGGGGAAGAUGGGUGAGAGGGCAAGGCUUAUGAUUGACUUCUUUAACAUCCUAAAUGAGAUUGUCAUGAGGCUGGUCAUCAUGAUCAUGUGGUAUUCUCCCUUUGGUAUUGCCUGCUUGAUCUGUGGCAAGAUUAUUUCUAUCAAGGAUUUGGAAGUAGUGGCCAGACAGCUAGGGAUGUACAUGGUCACAGUCAUCAUUGGACUCAUCAUUCAUGGUGCUAUAUUCCUUCCAUGCAUUUACUUUGCAGUUGUGAGAAAAAAUCCAUUCAGCUUCUUCAUGGGCAUCUUCCAAGCCUGGAUCACUGCCCUGGGAACAGCCUCAAGUGCUGGCACACUUCCUGUCACCUUCCGCUGUCUAGAGGAGAACUUGGGCAUUGACAAGAGAGUAACCCGCUUCGUACUGCCUGUUGGUGCAACAAUCAAUAUGGAUGGCACUGCUCUUUAUGAGGCAGUAGCUGCUAUCUUUAUUGCCCAGAUGAACGGUGUUGCCCUGGAUCCUGGUCAGAUUGUCACAGUCAGUCUUACAGCUACACUGGCCAGUGUUGGAGCAGCCAGUAUUCCCAGUGCAGGGCUGGUAACCAUGCUGCUCAUUCUGACUGCAGUGGGGCUGCCCACUCAGGACAUCAGUCUUCUGGUAGCUGUUGAUUGGCUUCUGGAUCGUUUCCGUACCUCUGUCAAUGUAGUAGGUGACUCCUUUGGUGCUGGGAUCGUGUAUCACCUGUCUAAAGCUGAGCUGGAUGCCCUAGAUGCUCAGCAUGGGAAGUCUGAUGACAUAGAGAUGACCAAGACACAGCCCUACUAUGAUGACCUCAAGAACCAUCAUGAAAACAACUCCAACCAGUGCGUCAUUGCUGCUCCAAAUUCAGUCAUAGUAGAUGAGUGCAAGGUAACAUCAGCGGCCACAAAUGGCUCAACUACAGAGUAUACACUCACUGAAGAGGAACCACAAAAGAGUGAUUAAUGCAAGCACACAGACCCUCCUGUAUCCAAGUCCCUAAGCUUUUUUUAUCUACUGAGAAAAGAGAGAAAUAAAAAAGACCUGCUAAAAUCAUGCAAACAGAACAAAUGAUGGGUGUUGUAGUUUAGGCAUUUAUGAUUUCCCCAUUGUGUUUAAUUUUAUCUGAAAUAAUGUAAUUUUACUAAUGUAAAAAGGGAUUACAAUCAUAUUGUCUGAUAGUGCACUAACGUGCCUAUGAACUAACACUUGCACAAAAAGCAAGACGUGUCUGGGUAAAAGGAGAAAUAAUAUAUUGUAUAUACCAUAUGAAUUCUAUGUCUCUCAGAACUGGUAUGAUGUGAGUAGAUGAAUGUGGUUAAUGACCUUCAGAACACAAGGAGAGCGUACACAGAAAACCCAUCAGUUCAGUUUGAACUAAACAAGUCUGUACAGAAUGAAUGCCUUUCUGUUCUUCUCCAGCAAUAGUCAUUUACCCCUGUAUCACCUCACUCCAUGACAUCUGACCUAUCUGGCACAAUCUCUUAGUGGCUUUACGAUCUGAUAGUGUCUGAUAUCCCCAGUCAUCUGCAGGCAGAUCUGGGCUUGUGUAACAACACUAUUUCAAAUAAAUAAACAAAUAAACAAACACACACACACCAAUACUAAAGUCCAUGCAAAUGGUGUAACGUGCAUGUGUAAUGGCUGGGGGGGUGUUUAUUCCCCCUACUGUGCUGAAAGAAAUUGGGACACAAAAUAUGUUGGUUUACAAAUGCAAAAAUUUAAUAACUAUAACAUGAAAUUAAGCUUAAGGUGAGCUACAUCAUUUGUGUAUAUUAUCUCUUUGCCCUAUGUCAGGUUUGACUGAGUGAUAUAUGAGGUUCUCUUUUCUAGCAACUACUCUGUGUGACAUUAUCUGUGUACACUCUCAAAUGACAGUCUUUCUAAAAGUUUUCAUAGCAAGGAUCACUUGUAGAAUGAAUUUGAAUAAGAACUCCUUUAUCACACCAUAGGUGUAACUAGAAAAUGCUUAUAACUGGAGAGGUCACUACACACGCUUGAAGAAAAUUGAAGCACAAGCCAUGAAUGCUUCCCCCUUUGGGACCUUUUAACCUUUCUUUCCCUUCUCCUUCUCCUUUGUUUUUCACAUGAGAGAACUGAUGUGAGAAGGUGAGACAAGGGCAAAUAGGAACAUCCGCGAACAGACCAAACAACAGCCCACAGUGUCACUGACAUUCCCUUAAUGUGAUGUGAAUAAUAAUUAAUCUAUCUUUAGCCUAAAAGCACACACUGCCUUUUAAAGACAGCACCAGAGCUUGGUGAAAUAUCUCUGACUACUGAUAUUUAGCACAUCGGUCUGAAAAAUAAUGAAGUUAGUUUAUUGCUAUUUUAAAGCUAUAUUUAAAAAAAAUGCAUUUGUGAGAAUGGUAUUCACAGUUACACUUUACAUUUGUCUUGACUGGAUGAAACAUUAACAUUGAGCAUUUGAAAGCAAAACUCUGUGCCCCAAAACUGAAAUUAUAAGUAAGUACUCUAAAUGAAUGAAUGCAUAACACAAGGCAUUUACUCUUCAAAUUCUUAUACUCUCCUUUCUUUCCCCCCUAUUUCCAGAUUGUAGAACGUUAGAUACUCAGGCAAACAAAGAUGCACUCAGUGUUAUCAGGGAAGACACAUUCCUAAUGCAGCAAGUUGAAAUAUUUUAUACUAAGCCCUCUGAACAUGCUGGAGAGUGAUUACUGUUUACAAUUUCACAGUGGGUUUACAGCUUGUCAAAUGCCUAUUGCCUUUAUAUUAUAAAAGCUUGCACUGUAUGUAUCAGCUUCUUUCACACUUACAGCCUAUGACUUUCCAUUAAAAAAACAAACGCUUUUUUUUUUUUAACGAAGAAUGCAAGCACAUCCCCCAAAGAACUAUGUUUAAAAUAAUAGCAGUUUUUAACACAUUUUAAGGAACAAUGUUAAGGCUAACAUUCCAAUUCAUAUUACCUUGGCUUGUUUCCUUUCCAAAAGCACACUAAGCAAUCACAAUUAAGAAGCAAUUUUUAAAAAAGGAUCUUGACAUUGAGAAACGCAAGGGAAAAAAGAAUAAAUAAAAGUGGAAGAAAGCAGGAGUGCAUGAGUAAACAGUACCAUUUAGAGCAUCUCAAUACAAUAGAGUUGUGUACUAGUGGCACCCACUGCUUUCUGUAACUUCCUUAGAUUUUUCUGUCCUCAAACACUCACUCCAUAAAAGAUUUCCCCUCUUCAAAACAUGACUAUGACUGUUGUGGCAGACCCACCAUGCUGCAAUGCCUACCUACAAUGACAGCACAAACCUCAUGAAUUAUAAUAACUGAUACCAGAAAUGCAGAGUAUUACCAAUUAACCAAAUGAUGAAUGAAAGGAUGAAAGGAAUGCACAAAAAAUAUACAUAGGCUUUUUUUAAUGGAUGGCUGUAAUAAAUUUGCUUGGUAACCUCCUUUAAAACCUGGCUUGCCUCUUAAACCAUUAACCACUAUGUAUUGUGUGUAUGAUAUAUGCUGUAUGUUUUGGGUUUGUUUUUAAGUAAAGCUUAACCCUCAUAUGUUUGAGCCAUUUAGUUGUUUCAAUAGAAAGCCACAUUGUGAGAAGCAUGAUCUCAUAGCAAAAUGCACAGCUCUUUGUGAAAUUUCACGUAACUGAUUUCUGUGCCAAGAGAAUCAUCACUGUAUCCCUGUACUGUGUUUUGACUAGCUGUAACAAUGUUGCAGUGUUAAUGCAUUCGGUGAUAAUGCAUCAAACAAUACCACCUAUGAGAUGUUGAUUUGAUGGUAUCCUAGUACAUAAGGACUGUCCUCAACUCACACUAGUGUGGACAUCUCUCUCUCUCUCUCUCUCUCUCUCUCUCUCUCUCCAGUUACUUCAAAGCACGAUGUGAAAGUGCUUCCAUGCACUUUGUGUACAUAUUGUAGGUAAUGGAUUUGGUUUCUGUCAUUUUUAAAGUAGAGUUUAAUUGUGUGACUUUUUUAAUAAUCCUAUAGAAGUGUAUCUUCUAUGUAAUGGGUAAAUUUAUUCGAUUAGAAAACAUAUAAAAUUGUGUGUAAUAUAUUGCUUGUUCCUAAGCUUAAAUAACUGUA